GAAUCUCACCUCAAGCCUCAAGGCCUCUCCAGUUCCCCUUUGCUCACUGCCUCAUAAGCAGCGCACCCUUCCCUCUCUCUCUCUUUCGCCAUCGCUCUGUUAGAGUGACACUCUGGAAUGUCGUCGAUCCGAAUGGUCUCGAUCUGAUACGCCCAUUCCCACAACUAAACACCUGUAUCCUUGACUCCGAUCUGGAAAUGGAGCCGGACGUCAGUAUCGAGACCUCCUGCAUGAUCCGAAUUGCGGUCCUGCCGAUUGGAACGGUCCCGCCGAGUCUGCUGCGGGAGUACUGGUCGAUGCUGCUCCGCCACCAGACCAUCCCGCUCUCGGCGAUUAGCUCUUUCUACACGGAGCACCAGAAGUCCCCCUUUGCCCACCAGCCCUGGGAUUCCGGUAGCCUCCGGUUGAAGUUCGUUCUCGGUGGGUCCCCACCCAGCCCUUGGGAGGACUUCCAGUCCAACCGCAAGAUCCUCGCCGUCAUCGGAGUCUGUCACUGCCCUUCCUCCCCCGAUCUCGACUCCGUCAUCGACCUUUUCAACUCCGCUUGCAAGGCUUACUCCUCCGCACUCGUCCACAGCUGCUUUGCUUUUUGCCCCGACGAUUCGCAGCUGGAGGAUGGCGGCAAAAAGGGUGGUAACUUGAGGUUGUUUCCUCCUGCCGAUCUUCAAACUCAAGAGUUCCACUUGCAGACGAUGAUGCAAGACAUUGCUGCCUCAUUGUUGAUGGAAUUUGAAAAAUGGGUUCUUAAGGCUGAAUCUGCUGGAACUAUACUAAAGACGCCAUUAGAUUCUCAAGCCACUCUCAGCUCAGAGGAGGUUAUCAAGGCCAAAAAGCGAAGGCUCGCCCGGGCACAAAAGACAAUAGGUGACUAUUGUUUGUUGGCAGGAUCGCCUGUAGAUGCCAAUGCCCACUAUUCUACUGCCCUAGAACUUGCAAGGUUGACUGGUGAUUACUUUUGGUAUGCCGGGGCAUUGGAGGGUAGCGUUUGUGCGUUACUGAUAGAUCGCAUGGGCCUAAACGAUCCUGGUUUGGAGGAUGGAGUUAGAUAUCAGUACAAUAGUGCCAUUUUGCAUUACAGGAAAUCGUUUAUUCAAGACAAUGCUCAGAGAGUUUCACCCUUAAGUUUUGAACUUGAGGCUACACUGAAAUUGGCAAGGUUUCUUUGCAGAAGAGAGCUGGCUAGGGAGGUAGUCGAGUUGUUGACCAAUGCUGCUGAUGGUGCAAAAUCAUUGAUUGAUGCCAGUGAUAGGCUCAUAUUAUUCAUUGAAAUAGCCCGUUUAUAUGGCACUCUCGGUUAUCAGCGAAAAGCUGCCUUCUUUUCAAGGCAGGUUGCUCAGUUGUAUCUGCAACAAGAAAAUAGAGUGGCUGCUAUUAGCGCAAUGCAAGUUUUGGCAAUGACAACAAAGGCAUAUCGUGUUCAAAGUAGAGCAUCCAUCUCCGAAAAUACUCUACCCGAUAAGCAAGUUGGAUCGAGUCAUGCCGAUGGUGGAAAAGUGCAUCAUCAGUCAGUAGUAUCCCUAUUCGAGUCUCAAUGGAGUACUCUCCAAAUGGUUGUGUUAAGAGAGAUUCUGAUCUCUGCAGUUCGUGCAGGAGAUCCUCUUGCUGCAUGGAGUGCAGCAUCACGCCUACUAAGAUCUUACUACCCUUUAAUUACACCUGCUGGGCAAAAUGGCCUUGCUAGUGCACUUUCAAAUUCAGCGGAUAGGCUUCCAUCAGGAACUCGCUGUGCUGAUCCUGCCUUACCUUUCAUAAGGUUGUAUUCUUUUCCUCUCCAUCCCUCACAAAUAGACAUUGUAAAACGCAAUCCGGCAAGAGAAGAUUGGUGGGCUGGAUCUGCUCCUUCUGGGCCUUUUAUUUAUACACCAUUCAGCAAAGGAGAGUCAAAUAAUAGCAGCAAGCACGAGCUGAUCUGGGUGGUUGGAGAACCCGUCCAAGUCUUGGUGGAGUUAGCUAAUCCAUGUGGCUUUGACUUGAGGGUUGAUAGCAUCUAUCUUUCCGUGCAUUCAGAAAACUUUGAUGCUUUCCCAGUUAGUGUGAAUCUUCCACCUAAUUCAUCUAAGGUGAUCACCUUAUCAGGAAUCCCAACUUCGGUGGGUCCAGUGACAAUCCCUGGGUGCAUAGUUCAUUGUUUUGGUGUUAUCACCGAACACCUGUUUAGGGAUGUUGACAAUCUUUUGCUUGGAGCAACACAAGGACUCGUGCUUUCUGACCCUUUUCGAUGCUGUGGAUCUGCGAAGUUGAGGAAUGUAUUUGUUCCAAAUAUUUCUGUUGUACCACCGCUGCCAUUGCUAGUGUCACAUGUUGUUGGCGGUGAUGGUGCAAUUAUAUUAUAUGAAGGUGAAAUCCGUGAUGUAUGGAUUAACCUAGCCAAUGCAGGUACAGUUCCAGUUGAGCAGGCACAUAUUUCACUAUCAGGGAAAAACCAAGACUCGGUAAUCUCAGUGGCAUAUGAAACCUUAAAGGCUUCCCUCCCUUUGAAUCCUGGUGCAGAAGUGACUAUUCCUGUGACCUUAAAAGCCUGGCAGCUUGCCUUUGUGGACUCUGAUGCUGCAACCGGCAAGAGUGCCUUGGGUAGCAUGGUGAGGCAAUCGAGAGAUGGAAAUAGCCCCACGUUAUUGAUCCAUUAUGCAGGGCCACUGUCAAAUUCUGGAGAUCCUCCAACAAGUGGAUCUGUUGUGCCUCCUGGUAGACGACUGGUUGUUCCCUUGCAUAUUUGUGUCUUGCAGGGUUUGUCCUUUGUGAAGGCCCGCUUACUUUCAAUGGAAAUUCCCGCACAUGUUGGUGAAGACCUUCCUAAGCCUGUUCGUGUGGAUAAUAUCUAUAAUGAAGGAGCUAUUGGUUCUGAAGGUAAAAUGGAGAGAUUGGUGAAAAUCGAUCCUUUUAGAGGAAGUUGGGGACUUCGUUUUCUUGAACUGGAGUUGUCUAAUCCGACUGAUGUUGUGUUUGACAUAAGUGUUUCAGUCCAGUUGGAAAACUCUAGCAAUGAGGAUACCCUUUCCACGGACCAGGGUUCUGCUGAAUAUGGUUAUCCUAAAUCAAGAAUUGAUAGGGAUUGCUCUGCAAGGGUUCUAAUACCAUUAGAGCAUUUUAAAUUACCAAUUCUUGAUGAUUCCUUCUUUAUGAAGGAUAUUCAGGCAGAUGGGCCUGCCAGUGGCAGAAAUUCUAGUUUUUCAGAAAAAAAUAAUAAGGCUGAACUGAAUGCUUCUAUCAAGAACCUCAUAUCUAAAAUAAAGGUUCGGUGGAAUUCAGGGCGGAAUAGCUCUGGAGAAUUAAAUAUCAAGGAUGCUAUACAGGCAGCACUCCAAACAUCUGUAAUGGAUGUGCUGCUGCCAGAUCCUUUGACAUUUGGCUUCAGGCUUGUUAGAAGCAGUCUUGAUUCCGCAAAACUCGAUUCUCCAAAAGAGUCAGUGCUCUCUUCUGCUUUUAAAGGUUCUGUGCUGGCGCAUGACAUGACUCCUAUGGAAGUUCUGGUUCGUAAUAACACUAAGGAUAUGAUUAAAAUGCGACUCAGCAUCACAUGCAGAGAUGUUGCAGGAGAAAAUUGUAUAGAAGGUGCCAAGGCAACUGUCUUAUGGGCUGGUGUUCUGAGUGGGAUCACCAUGGAAAUUCCUCCUCUUCAAGAAAGCAAGCAUUCUUUCUCUUUGUAUUUUCUUGUCCCCGGUGAAUAUACAGUGGUAGCUGCUGCAUUGAUAGAUGAUGCUAAUGACAUCCUCAGGGCUCGAGCUCGGACUGAUUUCCCUGAUGAGCCAAUUUUCUGUUGUGGACCUCCAUAUAAUGUCCGUGUCAUUGGGACUGCAUGACAUUUUUUGGUCCGUCUUUAUUGAUUGGAUAACCUCAUAGCAAAUCAUUGUAGAUUAAGGAAAGCUGCUCAAAGUAGACAAAAUUGCCAAUUUUUUUAUUUGGCAGCUGCAUGAAUCGUGCAUUGGCUUUCUUCCUCAACUCUUCAACCCCGCCUUCCAUCUUAAAAUGAAGUUUUUCUGUCUGUGUGUUUCUGACAAGUGUAUAACUUAAGUCUCUGUAUUGGUUUGUAAAUCCAUGUCUGAAACGCUUUCCUUUUUUUUUUUUUUUUUUGGUUCUUGUCAGGAGUUUCCUUUAGUACUUAAUCUUGAAAUAAGUUGACACUUUUUACACGUAAAA